AUUCAGCAUUUUCAGUGGUAUGACUUGAGCGUAACAACCUCUUCUUCCAAGGAUUGUUGUUGAGCUGCAGGGGAGAAAAUAAUCAAGGAACACACCAAGAGAAUGUGCGCUUAGUCAUAUCUUCAUCGUAUGACCUGCACAAGCAGUGCUGUUGGCCAAGCCGUGGCAGCAGAGCAAAACCAUACGGUAAAGAUUUAUUUGAGAGGAAUGCCAAGACUUGGUUGGGCAAGCUCUGUUUCCAAGGAGGAGGCUCCUUCUGGGAAUAUGCUUCUUAGACUCCUGCUGGUGCAGACACCAUGAAUGGAGGGUAAAUGAGUGAAGUUGCUGUCUCCUCGACCAUCAGCCCAAUGGUUGGAAGCCAGAGAUGCCUUGAAGAUAGAAGAUGAAGAUCCUCUGGCUUCUGCUGUUGUUCCUGUGUGACAGCCAGAGCUGGGCAGCGUCAAGGCCGAACUUUGUCCUGCUGAUGGCUGACGACCUUGGCAUCGGAGAUCCUGGGUGCUAUGGAAACAAGACUCUCAGGACUCCCAAUAUUGACCGAUUGGCCGAAGGGGGAGUGAAACUCACUCAGCACCUGGCGGCAUCACCCCUGUGUACGCCGAGCAGGGCGGCCUUCAUGACAGGCCGGUACCCCAUCCGAUCAGGAAUGGUAUCUCAGUCCAGAGUGGGCAUUUUCCUCUUCUCGGCCUCUUCUGGAGGACUUCCCACCAGUGAGAUUACAUUCGCCAAGCUCCUGAAGAAUCAAGGCUACUCAACAGCUCUGAUAGGGAAGUGGCACCUUGGGACCAGCUGUCACAACAAAACUGACUUUUGUCACCAUCCUUUAAGCCACGGCUUCGAUUAUUUCCACGGGCUCCCUGUGACCAACCUGAGAGACUGCAAGCCUGGAGAGGGCAGUGUAUUCACCACAGGCAUCAGGGUGCUGGUCUUCAUCCCUCUCCAGGUCAUUGCCAUUGCUCUCCUCACCCUGGCGGUGCUCAAGUGCCUGGGGCUGCUCCAUGCACCCAACCUGCUCUUCUUCUGCCUUCUCUUCCUGGCGGCUAUGAUACUCGGCCUCCUGGUGUGCUUCCUCUAUUACUUCCGGCCCCUGAACUGCUUCCUGAUGAAGAACCACGAGAUUACCCAGCAGCCCCUGUCUUACGACCACCUCACGCAGAGGCUGACGGAGGAUGCGGCCCAGUUCAUACGACGGAAUGCCGAGACACCAUUUCUGCUUGUCCUGUCUUACCUUCACGUGCACACGGCCCUCUUCUCUUCCAAGGACUUUGCCGGCAAAAGUAAACAUGGCGCUUAUGGGGACGCUGCCGAGGAAAUGGAUUGGAGUGUUGGGCAGAUCUUGAAUGUUCUAGAUGAGUUGAGACUGGCUAAUAACACCCUCAUCUACUUCUCAUCGGACCAAGGAGCACAUGUGGAGGAAGUGACCACCAAAGGAGAAGUCCAUGGAGGGAGCAACGGAAUCUACAAAGGGGGCAAAGCGAACAACUGGGAAGGAGGUAUCCGAAUUCCAGGCGUUCUUCGAUGGCCAGGAGUGAUACAGGCUGGGCUGGAGAUUGAUGAGCCAACAAGCAACAUGGACAUAUUUCCUACGGUGGCCAAACUCGCAGGGUCACCACUGCCUGAAGACAGGAUCAUUGAUGGACGUGACCUGAUGCCCCUGCUUCAGGGGAAAAGCCAACGCUCGGAUCAUGAGUUUCUCUUCCAUUACUGCAACUUCUACCUAAAUGCUGUGCGCUGGCACCCGCGGAACAGCACGUCCAUCUGGAAAGCCUUUUUCUUCACACCCAAGUUCACCCCCGAGGGCACCAAUGGAUGCUUUUCUACACACGUGUGUUUCUGUCAUGGGCAUUUCGUCACCCACCAUCACCCACCUUUACUCUUUGAUAUUUCCAAAGAUCCGAGAGAGAGAAACCCAAUAACCCCGACGACCGAGCCCCGGUUCCAGGAGAUUCUGGACGCCAUGCAGCAAGCCGCAGACCACCACACCAAGACCCUGCAAGAGGUCCCCAAUCAGUUGUCGCUGGGAAACAUCCUCUGGAAGCCAUGGCUUCAGAUGUGUUGUUCCUCCUCCGGCCUGUCUUGCCAGUGUGACCGAGAAAAACAAGACAGAACAGUGAGCCAUUAGCCAUUGUGCAUCUGGGGCCAAGAAAGAUGCUCGGUGCCCGCUCCAGCUCCUCCAUUACAGACGCACAUUGGGAACGGCACUGGGUUAAAGCCAGCUCUGUCAGUACCUUGGAUUAGGAUCGAUUCUCUAUCUCAUCACCUGAAGGCUCCAUCAAGAGCCCCACAGUUACCCCAGGGAAAAAAAUCAAGGUUUGCGGCAUAUAGAGAGACAAAUGUUGACUUAUGUCUUCCAUGGCCAAAGUUCUUGGACUGACUUAAAUGAGAUAGAGGGCAUUCGAAUGAGUAUGUCCAACACCAGUGCAGACGGAUAGUAGGAAAGUGCAAAAGAGAAGCUGUUCACCCCUCAGCAAAUGUCUAUGAUCAGUGGUAUAAGGCGUCAUUUAUUCCACAAUCUGAUGUGAGGCAAUGGCCCACAUGAUUCUCUUAGUGCACCAAUAAAAGUAUUCUGUUUAAAAAGUGCUUAGUAAAUCUUAACAUAUGCAGCUUGAUAAUGAAUAAAGGACCAUCUUCUUUACCAAUAAUAGGUGAUGGUAUGUUCCAAUUUAGUUAUUGGAAGGUAAUUAUUAUCGGUAUUAUUUAAAACACAUAUUAAAUACUACUGAAGAUAUAGAUAUAUAUUUUUGUAUAUACAGUUUAUCUCUUUCCUAGAGAAGGUUAAGAUAUUUAAAAUAUGGAACUAGAAGCUUAUCAGUGUUUAGGUAAAAACAAUAGAAGCUCACCGAUACAUUUGUUUGUGCAAUGAACUUUUUGUGAAAUCCUUCAGGAGCAAUAAUGCCAAGACAAAUCUUACCUGUACGGAUUUCCAUCCCAUAAUUUGUAGUAUUAUAUUUGGUUUCUACUGUUUCUUUGAUGACUGGAAAUUCUGAGCUAGAAGGCCAUUUUGAGGGUGCUACAGUUCAAGGAAUCCCUCCCAACAUAAUUCAGAAUGAAUGGCACGGAAAGUGUGGUAUUUUGUUGGGAAAAAACACUCGCAAGCAGUCCAUGAUCCAUACGCAUAAGGGUUAUAUCUUUAUUUCUUGCAGAAUUUAAUGAUGUGAGAACAGUAGUUAAUGUAAGUGCUUUGUUUUGUGUGGUCUUAUCCUGUGGCUGAGAAAUAUCUAUGUUUCCAAUCUGCAGUGAGAUGUAGGUUUUGUUUUAAUUCCAUUUCCCCCAACCUCAGUAAUUAAGGGAUAAGGCAUAGCCGGGUCACUGAGGAGAUUGGCUGAGAGUGGCACAGCUGGAGAGAAUGCCAAAGUCUGAACCACCAGCCCCUCCAGAAGAAAGAAUUCACCUGUGUGGAGAGUGUUCUUGUCACCCCUUUAGACGCUGUACAUCCUGCAACAAUAUCACGUGGAUUCCUUUAGUGAUGGGUCGAGAGGGACUGCCGUCCAUCUGCCUACCAUUAGUCUCGUCUGUGAACACGUCUGAGCAUCCCACCUUUGCCCCUCGUUUGUUCAAUUCCAGGAGAGUACAGAUAAGUGGAGUCCCCAGACCCCGCGUGGCCCAGUGGAGAGAAUGUGUGCUGCGUCCUAGACUUUCUGACACUGGACUCUAAUUUCCUCUGUUUCUCACUGAAGAAUUUCCAAGAUCCAACAGCAUUUCCGCACUUCCCCUUUAAGGU